AUGAGUUUGACCGUGCUUCGAAAGAAACGAGACCCUCCACCUGUUGUCGAUGACAACGACACAAUUGAUAAGGAGGUCCAGUCUCAAGACGAAACAGUCGUACGAGAUGUCGUGGGACAAGACGAUAGUGUCGAAGGGGACUGGGAGGACGUUGAAGAGGACGCCAACUGCUUUUGUUGCGGUGCCACACUGUUGGAAUCCGACAUCAUCUUUGCACCCAAGGUGACGACGUCUUCAGAGACUAGUGGUGGCCGAGAGAUUACAUGUCUCGCAUGCUAUCCAUGGAAAGGUGAAAAAGAGAAACAACAAGCAACCAAUCGCGUUGUAUCGUUACUAAUUGUUAUGGCGGAGUAUGAUGAUAUCUACGUUGAAGAAGACUGCUUGAUGAAGCACAUUCACAGAGCCUACCCGGGACAUUGUACCACCGUCAAGCAUGCUGAACUCUGGAUUGACCAAGCAGUCAAAUCCGAGAAGAUUGCGCCAUUUGAACACAAGCAACUUCAAGGCACUUUCUACUGUCUUCGGGAAAACCUCCCGUAUGCUUCCAGGGAGUUUCCUACCCCUGACUUUAACACUUCGAAGGAAGAAAAUCACAUCACAAAUCUACUUGUCAAAGCUAACGGCACCAUUUGUCGGAAGGAGGCCAAUGCGAGCUUGAGGAUGAAAUUUCCAUCCAUGCACACCCCAUUCUUGAGGGCCAGAGUUUUUGCCAAUGGCGAGAAAAGGCAAAAGUUCUUUCUCGUGAAGGAUUCCUUCCACCAAGCAGUUGGCUUCACUGAACACGACGCGCAAGCCUUGGUCAAUAGAAUGAAGCGGACGCAUCUGGCAAAGUGA